UAAGUAUCAAUCCAAACAAAAAAUAACACUUAAUACAAAUUCCAUCAAAUCUCUUCCAUAUAUUUCCAUUAAUUUGAUUUUCCUCUCUUAGCUUGCAACUUUGUCCACUUUGGGAUAUUGUGGUUUUUGCAUAAGAGGGAAAACCAAUAUUUUGCAUUUGAUAUUCAUCAAGAUGUCAACACAUUGUGUAAGCAUUAUCAAGAAUUUCAACUUGUCUUCAAAGAUGAAAGAAGAAGAUUAUGAUCAUGAGCAAGUGAUCAAAGAUCAACCAAUUAAAAUAUUUGAUUGGAGUUCAAUUUUAUCUUCUUCAAAGAAUGAAGAGUCAUCUUCAACUAGUCUUUAUGUUCAUCCUCUGGACAAAAGCUCGAGAAAUUCGUUGAGUGAAAAAAGUCUUGAAAUUUGUACUGAGAGCCUUGGAUCAGAGACUGGAUCUGGCUCUGAUUGUUUUCUCUCUUCACCUACAUCUGAGCACGAAGAUUCGAAUGAUGACAAACACGAUCAUCAUCAUUAUUACCAUCAACAACAAUAUUCUGUUGUCUCAGAGUCCUUUGAGGAUUUUCAUGUUUAUAAUCAUAGCAAGAGAUUGAUAUCUUCUUCAAAGUCUUUUCCUCCUUCUCUUCCUUCUAUUCACAUGCAAUCACAUAGACAAAAUGGUAGAUUGAUUCUUGAAGCGGCUUCCAUUUCACCUAACAAUAGUCUCCAUGCUCAACGCCUUGACGGUCACCUUCUUCUCACCGUCAUCAAUCAAAAUAAUUAUGAACAUGAAAUAGAGAAACGCGAGGAUGAAGUUGAAGAGUUUGAGAAAGUGUUCGAUGAUAUUCAAGAAGUUGAAGGUAAAGAAAUACCCCACUCAGACAGUGGUGGUGGUGAUGAAGAAGAGUUUGAGAAAGUGUUCGAUGAUAUCCAUGUUUCCUUUUGAGAUGUUUCUAUGACAGGUAAUCUUAGAUACGCGUUUCGAUAGUAAUUAAUUGAAGUUCAGAAAAAAAUAUUAUUAUCUAGUUUCAAUAAAAUAAAAAAAUCUUUAAAAUACAUACAAUAAUCAAAUGAUUUCUAAUUUCAUGUUCAAUUCUUUAUUUAAUCUUCAACAACUAAUUGUUGUUUAAAUAAAUUUUUAUUUACUUUGAUGUUUGUAAUUAGACAUAUUUCAAAAAUUAUAUGCCAAAUUUGAUAAUGUCACAAGUAUUUAUACUUGUUCCAGCCAAUAAUUAUUGGAACCAUAUGCUCUUUAUACAAAAAAAAAGAAAAGAAAAAGAAAAAGAAAUUCUAUAUAUGGUCAUAUUUGUUUCAUUAUGAUUCUUUGUUAAUGGAAAAAAAUAUAUAUCAUUUUCAUAUACUUGAUCACACUUACAAUAUGUAUUGUAUUCACAUAUAUUAAAUGAUGAUGAUUGAAGGUUUCUUUUUUUUUCUUUUUCAAAAGUAAAUAGAGAUAACGAAAUUCGCCAAAAGAAAAAAAUAUAUCUUGAGAACUUCAAUUACAAGUCGGUGAUAUUAUGAUUUUUACGAGAAAAAAAAUAUUAUAUUUAUAUAUUCUUAAGAUAAUUUAAUUUUAAAAAUUUUAAUUUAUUUUUUAAUCAGAUGAUUUAUAAUUGCAACUAUAUCUAAGACGUCUUUUUUAUAACGCUCAUUAUUUUUGGAAAAAAAAUUAUAUCUAAUCAAAUAAAUCUUACAAAUUUAGACAAAAAUAGAUAUAUUUUACAAAAGUCAUUUAAUAUUCAAUAUACUUGCUUCAAAUUAAUAAUCCCUUUAUUGUCAAAUAAAUCCAAUAAGCAUUUACACUUGAAUUAAGAGAUACAAACUAUUAUUAUAAAUGAAAGUUGAAAAAUGACAUUGCAAAGUUAAAAUUAUGUUUAAACAUGUAUUCUAUUUUUUAAAAAGAUCAAAAUGGUAAUUGGUAAAAGAAAAUUAGUAAAAAAAGAAUUAUCUCAAAACUAACCAAAAGAUUAAUUAAUAUACAAGUAAAUAGGGACAGAAGAAUUUUUUUUUUGUCUUAGUCUCUAUUACGUUGUAUCUCAUUAUAUCACAUUCUAUUAAUAUAAUUUAAAAACAAAUCACCAUGUUGAUUCUGUCGAGAGGUCAUACUGACCACAAAUAGAUAGAUUAAUGACGAGUUCUUGCCAGACUAAGAGCUUUAUCAAAUAAAUCGCUUUUCACGACAUUUUUUUUUCAUUUCUAUAGAAACAUAUAAAUUACAGUCUAAUAAGUUUUGAAUUUUGUAAUGAUUGUGGAUUAA